AUGUCACACGUCCAACAUUUCGAUAGAUCAAAUAUUUGUCGAAUAUGUAAAGCUGAAGCACAUAUAAUUAAUUAUGGUGCACUUUCUUGUUAUUCAUGCAAGACUUUUUUUCGUCGUCAUGCUCAUCGUAUAACAACUAUUCGUCCAUGUCGAUAUAAUGGUCAUUGUAAAAUAGAUAUAGAAACACGUAAAUUAUGUACUUCGUGUCGAUUAAGAAAAUGUUUUACAGUUGGUAUGAGUAUAGAAUAUAUUCGUAAAGAAUUUCAUUAUAGCAAACGUCGAAUGUUAAAGAAAUCUAUUGAUGGGGAAAAUACUGUCUGUUGUACAUUCUAUAAGCCUCUUCCACAAAUCAUUCCAUUGGAUCUACUCUGUAAUGAUCGAUCAUCGCUUACACCAUCUGAAUGGAGAUUACUAUCAAAUGUAGUACAUGCUGUUGACAAAUUCUCUAUAGUACCAUCAAUUGUAUACAUGAUCAAUCAGUUAAAUAUUGGCAAACCUGCGAUAAAUACUGAUAUAUCAGAAUCAUUUAAUCUAUUUGCUUCUUUCUACACAUCAGUACGAUGUUUUAUUACUUCGACUGCUGAUUUUCGAACAUUAACAAUCGAUGAACAAUGUUCACUAUUUCGACGUAAUUUACAUGGUGUUUACAAUUUUUUUGGAUGUUUUAUGUUACGUGAUGGAGGAAUAUUUGAUAAUAGUAGAAAUGAACAAGUGAUAGUACCAUUGUAUGGAUAUGAUAUAGUUCAUCGAGCAAAAUCAAUUACUAGUCAUCUUACUUAUGAUUCAACUUUAGUGAAAAUUAUGCAUAUUAUUUUUGCUUUUUCAACAAAUUGUUAUACGGUUAAUUUUGAUAAAAAAAAUAUGAAUUCAGAUGCAUUAAUUAAUGGUAGUUUUCGUCUUCUUGGAAGUCAAAAUAUGUACGUAGAAAUUCUCUGGAAAUAUAUGCUUUAUCGAUAUACUUAUAUGGAAGCUGCUCUGCAUUUUGCUGCUCUUAUUAAAUAUAUGUUAGAUCUAAUUACAUUAUCAGCUGAUAUUUACUCCGAAAAUUUACAUCAUCAAACACUUGUUGAUGAUUUGGUUGAACAAGCAAAGGAUACAUUGAUCAUAUCAGACAUCGAUACAACGCCAUUAUGGGGUAAACUCAAAUAA